CCGACCCCUCAGGUUUGUUGUUGUUUCCCAGUCACCUGACUGCCAGCAGACUAGCAAAAGGCGGUGACCCGCGGCCAAGUCGCCGUGCCAGCAGCCAAUCAGAACGCCCGACGCGACCCAACGAACGGAUCAACAACGAACUCCCCCCCUGCGGCAGCACAGACGCCCUCCUCCACAACAUUUCUGCUCUUCUUCUUCGACUCGAGCAGAGAUUCCAUUCCUCCCAUUCUUGGUCCCGUGUUUGUUAUUGGGUCCUGCCUUCACCCCUCCUUAAUUUUCACACCUUCCAAACCACCCACCCAACACAAUGAGAGAGAUUAUCAGCUUGAACGUCGGCCAGGCCGGUUGCCAGAUUGCCAACUCCUGCUGGGAGCUGUACUGCCUGGAGCACGGUAUCCAGCCCGAUGGACACCUCACCGAGGAGCGCAAGAAGGCCGACCCCGACCACGGCUUCAGCACUUUCUUCUCUGAGACUGGCUCCGGCCGCUACGUUCCUCGCACCAUCUACUGCGAUCUCGAGCCCAAUGUCGUCGAUGAGGUCCGCACUGGUACCUACCGCUCGCUCUUCCACCCCGAGCAGAUGAUCACUGGCAAGGAGGAUGCUUCCAACAACUACGCCCGUGGUCACUACACCGUCGGUAAGGAGAUGAUUGACCAGGUUCUCGACAAGGUCCGCCGUGUGGCCGACUCCUGUGCCGGUCUCCAAGGCUUCCUGGUCUUCCACUCCUUCGGUGGUGGUACCGGUUCCGGUUUCGGUGCUCUCCUGAUGGAGCGUCUGUCCGUCGACUACGGCAAGAAGUCCAAGCUGGAGUUCUGUGUCUACCCAGCUCCCCAGAACGCCACCUCCGUCGUUGAGCCCUACAACUCCAUUCUCACCACUCACACCACUCUGGAGCACUCCGACUGCUCGUUCAUGGUCGACAACGAGGCCAUCUACGACAUCUGCCGUCGCAACCUCGGCAUUGAGCGCCCCAGCUACGAGAACUUGAACCGCCUGAUCGCUCAGGUCGUCUCCUCCAUCACUGCCUCGCUCCGCUUCGACGGUUCCCUGAACGUCGACCUGAACGAGUUCCAGACCAACCUGGUCCCUUACCCCCGUAUUCACUUCCCUCUGGUCGCUUACUCGCCCGUCAUCUCUGCCGACAAGGCCUCCCACGAGGCUAACUCAGUUACCGAGAUCACCUCCAACUGCUUCGAGCCCAACAACCAGAUGGUCAAGUGUGACCCCCGCAACGGCAAGUACAUGGCUACCUGCCUGCUCUACCGUGGUGAUGUCGUCCCCAAGGAUGCUCACGCUGCCGUGGCUACCCUCAAGACCAAGCGUACCAUCCAGUUCGUCGACUGGUGCCCUACUGGCUUCAAGCUCGGUAUCUGCUACCAGCCCCCCAAGCAGGUCCCCAACGGCGACCUUGCCAACCUCAGCCGCGCUGUCUGCAUGCUGUCCAACACCACCGCCAUCGCCGAGGCCUGGUCCGCUCUCGACCACAAGUUCGACCUCAUGUACUCCAAGCGUGCCUUCGUCCACUGGUACGUUGGCGAGGGUAUGGAGGAGGGUGAGUUCUCCGAGGCUCGUGAGGAUCUCGCUGCUCUGGAGCGCGAUUACGAGGAGGUCGCCAGCGACUCCCUGGAGGAGGAGGAGCUGGAGCCCGAGUACUAGAUCGGGUAUGCUACGUGAUUGUUUGUGGAGGAGGGGGUUUGAUUUCCGCUGUUUGUUUGGGAGACAAACUCCGACCUUUACAGCUCAGUUUUGCUAGCCUGCCUACAUCUAUCGGACUCCUUGCAAAUAGAGGAACAUAGGUCUCCGUCCGACGAUGUCUACUGGUUUUGUUGUUCGAUAUAUCUUUAAUAUCCCUGAAGCAGCGAUAAAUUUUUCCACUCGUUCCUAUCUUAUUCUCUCUCUCUCUCCCUUUUUCUCUGU